AAGUCUCAAAUUUUCUAUCAGCAGUAAUGAAGAGCUUGAUUAUGUUGAUGUCUAAUCUACAAAGCCAACUCUGCUUUCUGACUACAUUAUCUUUUGCUACGAUUUCUGUUUUAAAAUGCUACUCUUUUUUCUUUGCUUCCUUGUCCUGUUUUCUCCCUUUGGUUUCUUGUCUUUGUUUUUGUGGUUCCUUUUGUUAUAUGUACAUGCUAGAUAUAUUUUGUAGGAAUAGCAAUCAGUUGCUCUCAUUCAGUUCCUCUUCAUAGAACUUACCCAGUCUUUUUCACUAUCACUACUACUAGUCUAGUACCAGUGAAUUAAUUCAAUCCAUCAUGAUGCCAUACCAGUGAAUUAAUUCAAUCCAUCAUGAUGCGUUAUGGCCACUUAUGGAUAGAAGCUUUUGUAUUGUGAUUGUGGCUUUUGUUUGUAAUUAUCAAUGUGAAGUUUUAUGUUCACAUGUCUAUAUUCAUAUGUUUUUGCUUGGAAGCCAUAUCAUAUGGAGACUCAAAUGCAUGAUGAAAGCAUGGACAAGCCAAAAGUUAGAAAGGCAAAAAAUUAUACGGUAGCGGAAGACCUCAUUUUAAUCGCGGCUUGGGAACAUACUAGUGAAGAUGUCGUGAUUGGAACUGAUCAAGCAAAAGAACAAUAUUGGACUCGAGUGUGGAGAGAGUAUCUUUCGAAUGCAAGUAGUUAUCCCUAUCGACCGGAGAAAUCAAUAAUCAAUCGAUUCAGCAUUAUCCGGACUAAAUGCUUAAAGUUUUCUGGAAUUGUUCAGAGCAUUGAGUAUGCGAAUCCGAGUGGAAUGACUGAGCAAGACAAGCUUAAUCAAGCCAUUAAAGCAUGGUCUACUGAGGAGAAGGAAAGAGGUGUCUUCAAGUUUUUACAUUGUUAUCAAGCGCUCAAGAAUUCUCCGAAGUGGAUUACAGAAGUGGUGCACCCUAGUUUGAGCCGAAGCACAGCUGCAUCAGAGUCUAUAAAUUUAGGAGACGAUGUGAGUGCCUCUGGUCAUGUAGAAUUAGAAAGACCAGUUGGUAGGAAGGCUGGAAAGGAGCGAAUGAAGAACAAAAAAAUAAAAGUGGAAGAUAGUGGAGAAUCUCAAACGAGCAUUAAUUUCGAAAAAUCACAAGAAUUGAUGCAAAAGUUUCAUGAGCAGAAGAUGGAUGUCAUCAUGCAGGAUAGUAAAAAAAUGGACGAGUAUCUACAAUUGAAGAGGGAAAAGCUUGAGCUUGAUCGGGAGCAUAAAGAGGAGAAGGUAAUGACUAUUGACAUGUCUAAUUUGAAUGAGAUGCAGCGAAAGUACAUUGAAAUGAAGCAAUGGAAGAUCUUCGAAAAAGCAUUUAACAAGUAGUACCCCUGAACCUGUUUUAAUUUAAGUUUGAACUUGUAUUAAAUUAAGUUUUAUUUGGACUUGUUUUAGAAGAUGUGUUUGUUUCAGGAUCUUGUUUCAAACAUUUACUUUGAAACUUUUUUUAAUCUUUUUGUUUGUGAAUUUAAGUGCAUUUGGGAUGUCACAA